AGCCCAAAAGCAUCACUACCCAUAUGAUAAUUCAUCGCCAUUGCAGCCAUAACAAAUUUGAGCCCACUUAUCUGGCAACAAAGUAGUAAUAGUUGCUUUCAAGUCAAUUCUUGCGCCACCUUCUCUCGUAGUAGCUAUUCUUGUAGCUAUGUGCUAAUCUGCGUUAAACAAUGCAAACUCUGGCCUGUGUUAACAUCAAUGAUAUGCCACCGUUUUAGCCGCUGUCUGUCCACUGUCCCGAUAUCGGUCUCGCAAACGCUGCGCAACCCGCAAGCGCAUUUGUUCCAAUGCAACAAAAAGAUUCAAGAACUCGGCAAACUUGGCCGAGUUAAGGAUGCCCGUCACCUGUUCGAUACAAUGCCUCAGAGAGACGCUGUCUCAUGGAAUUCUAUGAUAUCUGUCUAUUUACAAAAUAACAAAAUCCCAGAUGCUAAAUCACUUUUCGAUGCUUUUGAAUACAAAAAUGUAAGAACUUGGACAAUUUUGCUAUCUGGUUAUGCAAAAGCUGGGCUCAUUGAAGAAGCUGAAACUUUUUUUCGAUCAAUGCCGGAGCGUAAUGUAGUAAGUUGGAAUGCAAUGUUAGCUGGGUUUGUGCAGAAUGGUGAUUUAAGGAAUGCUAGAAAGUGUUUCUAUGAAAUGCCUGAGAGGAAUGUUUCUUCGUGGAAUUCGAUUAUAACUGGGUAUUGUAAAAGCGGAUUGAUGAAGGAAGCAAGAGAAUUGUUUGAUAGGAUGGAAGAGAGGAGUUCUGUUUCUUGGAUGGUGAUGGCUUCUGGGUAUGUUGAGAUAAGCCAGUAUAGAGAAGGAUGGUGUGUCUUUUUGAUGAUGAUGAAUAGUGGAGUGAGACCUGAUCAGGCAGUUUUUGUGGUUGGAUUGUCAGCUAUAAUGGGUUUUAAUGAUUUGGGUAUGAUUGGUAGUUUCAGGACCCUAGUUAUGAAAAUGGGGUAUGAGGAGGAUGUGGUGGUAGCGACUGCUAUUUUGAAUGCAUAUGCGAGGUGUGGGAGUUUGGAUGAUGCCUUUAAGUUUUUUGAGUCGAUGCCUGCAAGGAAUGAGUACUCAUUGACUAGCAUGAUUGCUGCCUUUUCUCAACGUGGUAGAUUGGAUGAUGCAAUUGCAUUGUAUGAGAAGGAUAGUAAACAAGGCGAUGCUACAAGGACUACAAUUAUUGCUGCAUAUAUGCACAACGGCAGGAUUGAUGAGGCCAAACACAUAUUUGAUGAGAUUGUGAACCCGAAUGUGGUAGCCUGGAAUGCUAUGCUUGGUGGAUAUGCUCAGAAUGGAAUGCUUGAAGAAGCAAAAGCUAUUUUCUUGCAAAUGCCUGUUAGAAAUGCAGUAUCUUGGGCAGCCAUGAUUGGUGGUUUUGUACAGAAUGGAAAUGGUAAAGAAGGUUUGAAGUUGUUUACUGAGCUUCACAGAACUGGGAUGAUUCCAACUCAUUCAUGCUUUACCAGUGCUUUAUUUGCUUGUGCCAACAUUGGGGAUGUUGAAAUUGGUAAACAGAUACAUUCUCUUUCUAUCAAGAUGAGGUGUCAGUCCAAUCCAUUUGUGGGAAAUGGUUUGAUUUCCAUGUAUGCAAAAUGCAACAGUGUAGAAGAUGUUUCCCACGUAUUUAACUCGAUGAAUGUGAGAGACACUGUCUCGUGGAACUCACUUGUUUCUGGGCUUUCAUGGAACUACUUGCUGAAUGAUGCACAAAACACUUUUGAUAACAUGCCAACGCGGGAUGCAGUGUCUUGGGCUGCCAUCAUAUCAGCGCACGUGCAUGCUGAUCAGGGAGAAAUUGCCUGGCAAUUGUUCCUUGACAUGUUGUCAGCUGGACUCAAACCAAAUGACUUAACCAUUACUAGUCUUCUAAGUGCAUGUGGCAAUCUUGGCGUAACCAAGCUCGGAGAACAGUUUCAUGCGUUGGUCUUAAAGCAUGGAUUUAAUUCAUGUUUACAUGUGUGUAAUGCUCUUAUAUCCAUGUACUUCAAAUGUGGUAAUGUGGAUGGCCUGUAUGUCUUUGAGGAGAUGAUUGACAGAGACAUAGUCACAUGGAAUACAGUCUUAGCUGGAUGUGCACAAAAUGGACUAUGUAAAGAAGCAACCAAGGUUUUCGAGCAAAUGGCAGAAGCAGAAGUUUUUCCCGAUGAAAUAAGCUUUUUAGGUGUUUUAAGUGCUUGUAGUCAUGCGGGGUUAGUUAAUGAAGGAUGGGACUAUUUCAUUUCCAUGAGCCAGGAUUAUGGAAUAAUCCCUUCACUUUAUCACUAUACUGUCAUGAUCAAUCUCCUUGGGAGGGCUGGACAGCUUUCAGAAGCUGAAGCCCUCAUUCAAUAUAUGCCUGUAAAAGCAGAUUGUGUUAUUUGGGAUGCACUUCUUGCUGCUUGUAGAGUGCACCGGAACAUGGAACUUGGCCAGAGGGUUGCUGAAAAGCUUUGCCAAAUGGGGACACAGAAACCUGGGACCUAUGUCUUAUUAUCAAAUAUAUAUGCAUAUCAAGGCAUGUGGAGCAAAGCAAGAGAAAUAAGGAAAUUGAUGAAACACAAUGUUGUAGAAAAAGAACCAAUCACCUGGAUUCAGAUCAGGAACAAGCUGCACUAUUUCCUUAUGGGAUAUGAGAAACAUGAUGAGUUUAAAGAGAUUUGCUUGAAAUUGUGGGACUUCUAUAGAUGCUUCAGAGCAUCAGUUUAUGUACCAGAUGCUAACUCUGUUUUAUAUGAUGUCACAGAGGAACACAAAGAGAAUGAGGCUCUUUACCAUGGUGAGAAACUUGCCCUUGUAUAUGGGGUUUUGAGAACACCAAAUGGCGCUCCUGUUCAGAUUAUGAAGAAUCUUCGAAUUUGUGUUGACUGCCAUUCUUUUAUGAAAUUCAUGUCCAAGGCUACCCAGCGUAAGAUUAUUAUUCGAGAUGGGAAUCAAUUACACCAUAUCCAGGAUGGCACAUGUUCAUGUGGGGAUUAUUGGUGAGUUUGGUGUAGUGAAAGCAUCAAACGUUUUGAUCCAUUCUCUCAAGCACAUAUUUUGUGCAAUUGCUGGCCCCAAGACAUAAUGGUACUCAUAUUUUGCUCAGGUUCUUUCUACCCUUGCUCUUUUGUCUUCCUUACACGGAACUCUUUUUCUGAGUAUUUACUUGUCUCACAGCAAAAGAAACAUUUAUGAGGCUACACUGGAAAAGCCAGUAGUUGAUUGUGAUCAUUACAACAACUAUGCAGAUGCUCUAACUUGUGUUAAUUGCCAGAUGAGAAAUUUAUAAGAUUCUCGUGAGAUUUUAUAUUGUCAGCGGGAUUGUGAGAGCUUGGUUUAUCUCAGGUAUUAAGCAGACAGAACAGGCUGUGAAUCAUAGCUUAAUCAGAUUCAUGAAUGAUGGACAGGCAGUUCCUGUUGACAUAGUAACUUAAAAAGGCAAGAUUGAGAAAAUGGUUGAUAAGCAUUUGAUGGUUGCACUUAUUAUUAUUUUUUCUGAUGGGAGUUCGGUAUAGGGAUUCAUCUAAUAAUAUAAAGGCUGGUCGGUUAAUGAGGGUCCCUUUCAGAGAUUAAUCACCAUAGUUGGUAAUGAUUCUGAAGUUGUAGAGAUUUUAGCUGCCUGAUUUGCGAUCCUUGCCAUUCUGUGAGAAAAGUCAUUUCUUUGCUAACUUCAGAAAUGAUGCUCCUAAUGUCACAAAUGGGUUCCAUGAGAGCUCUGCGUUGCUCAUUCCAGGCAGAUUCCUAGAUCAAUUUGUUCAGAGACUGCUUGCAGUAGACAGAAGAUUUUUGCAACCUUCUUUCUCUUGUACAGAAAUCAAUGCUCCGAGGCAACUCCACAAUUUCAUUGCAGUGGUGGAGAGUAAAGUAUUAUGCCUCUUUGCAAAAUCUCCCCUCCUUGAAAAAUACAUUGCUGAAGAGAACACCUUUGCUAGGGAUCACUCACGUGAUGCUGGAAUAUGAUGGGGAAGACCUUAAAAGAUAAGUCUUAAAUCCUAAUAAGAUCUUAGGCUUUAUCAGCCAUGGAGGAUUUUUGGUAUAUGUUUUACCUGUAAUUUGUAUUUUCUUCCAGCAAGCUAGACAUCAGUUUGCAUAUAAGACUUUUCUCCAGCACUAUAGUUUGUCUUUUGGAGAUCAUAAGUUUUGUGAGUGUAUUCCGUAGCACUUCAUUAUGGGAAGUGCAUCAUAAUAAAAAAAUUCAAGCAAUUGCUUCUUUACUGAUUCAAA